AUGGUAUGUCGUGCCGAGUGGGUCAGCCCGCCUCCGCAACGAACUGUCCACUCGGAUGCAACGGCGGGCCCUCAGGCUGUCGUUGAUGACCUGAGUCUGGGCAUCCCUUCGGAAUCUGUAGCCGCCCUCGACACCGCGUUGCUUGCCUGGCUACAGACCCACCAUUACGGACUCAUGGUCCUAGCAACUGCCACUGUGUAUCUAAACGGCGGCCACGCUCUGCACUUCUCCCCCGAUACCCCUCGCGCAAUAUCAAUCUCCGUGCAGCCAAUGCCAAAGGACCUGACCGCCUUGCUGAGCGGCUCAUCCGACGACAACCCGGGCAAGGGCUUCCAUAUUCUCAGCACACUGUCUUUCCCCAGCACCGAACUCCUCGAAGCAUAUGGCCCUGGAUUCAAUUGGGACGAAGCCCAGUCAGCCUGCCAGGUUGUGGAAGGGAAGAUGCGGGAUCUUGCGGGAGACAAUUUUGUGGGAGAUACAGGCUUCUGCGUCCGCGCGUCACCCGCGAUUUUCCAUAUCAAGAACUCUCCAGUCCUGCGCGGCCGGCCUAUCAUGGUCAUGUCCGAGCUGCCCGGCCGUAGCGGUAGUACUACGCUCGACGCGGAAACGCGCGCGAUGCUCGAAGACGUCAGGACGCUCUGCAUCAGCCUCAUGUCCACCGGGUUGGUGAUGCGCAUGAACGACUCGGAGCGCGAGGACGACUUCGCCCCCGAAGUGGGAACCCUUGUGCGCCGGAAGAAGAAACAGUGGGAAUGGGAGCCGAUCCCUAACUGGGACUGGGGCCGUGCGGCCGCGCUGGUUCCGAGAGACCGCAUGAAGACCGAGCUUACACUCGAGGAGCUGUGGGAGAGCUUCUACUUCGGGUGA